UAUUGUGUUUUUUGUUCUUUUUUUCAUGAACCAAUUGCUGGAUUCUCUUGGUGGAAGCUAGUUCAUAUCGAUUGAGAGGUAUUUGUUUUUUCUAUCACUUGUACCUUUGAUUUUCUGUGAUUUACUUGCAAUUUGUUAGCUGGUUGUGUAUUUGUUCUGGAAUUGUGUGCUAAAUUGUGGUUUAUGUUCUGUUUUGCAUGAACAUAUGCUGGAUUAUAUUAGGAAAAAAGGCUUUGGUGGAAGCUGUUACAGUUAUAACUAAGAUGGAUCCUGAACUGAGUGAUUUAGAAGUCCUAGCAGAAGCAGCGGUUGAUGGCCAAUCCUCUGUUGGUCAAGAAGCUGCUGCUUCACCUGGACUAUCUGAAUCUGGCAAUGUGGAAGCCAAUAUUGACCCUGCUGGUGAUCCUGUACCAAAUGCUGUGGAAGCAAAUCCUAAAAAAAGGAAGGAGAGUCAUCAGAGAUCAGUUGUUUGGGAGCAUUUUGACACUAUCAAAGAUGCUAAAGGUACCAUUAUGCAAGCUAAGUGUCGUUAUUGUGCUCGUUUGUAUAAUUGUCAUGCCAAAAAAAAUGGUACUUCUACUUUGAGAAGCCACUUGAUCAGAUGCACUAAGCACCCACAUAGUGUAGAAACUAGGCAGGCAUUACUCUCUUUUCAACCUGUUGUUAAUGUGGAAGCUCCUACUGAUAAUUUGUUUUCUGUGGCUACUUGGAAAUUUGACCAAGAAGUAGUUAGGCAGGCUAUUGCAUACAUGAUUAUAGUUGAUGAAUUACCUUUCAAAUUUGUUGAAAAGCAGGGGUUUAGGAGAGUCAUGAGUCUUGCUUGUCCUAUGUUUAAAAUGCCCUCUAGGUGGACUGUCAAUAGGGAUUGUUAUGCCAUGUUUCUUGAGGAAAAGUUAAAACUGAAACAAUUUUUUAAAACUCAGAGUCAAAGAGUUAGUCUUACCAGUGAUUCUUGGACAUCUAACCAAAGAUUAAAUUACAUGUGUAUAACUGCACAUUUUAUUGAUAAUGAUUGGAAGUUGCAUAAGAAGAUUAUAUCCUUUGUUACAUGCUCUAGGCAUAAGGGUGAAUAUCUGUCUAAGACCAUGGAGACUUGUUUGCUUGAGUGGGGGUUAAAAAACAUUUUUACUGUUACCUUAGACAAUGCUGAGAAUAAUAGUACUGCUAUGGGUUUUUUUAUGAGAAAAAUGUUGAGUUGGGGCACUACAACUGUUAGAUGUAAGUAUGCUCACAUGAGAUGCAUUGCUCAUAUUCUCAAUCUUGUUGUGUCUGAUGGGUUAAAAGAGUCUGGUACAUCUUUUGAAAGGGUUAGAGGGGCAGUUAGGUAUAUUAAAAACUCACCCCUUAGACUUAGCAAAUUUAAAGAAUGCAAAAAAUCACUUGAUUUUCAAUGUAAGCGUUCUUUAUGUCUAGAUGUCCCAACUAGAUGGAAUUCAACAUACUUCAUGUUGCACACUGCUUGUAUGUAUCAGCAUGUAUUUGAGGAAUAUGAUGAUGUGGAAGCUUCAUUUAGAAAAGAUUUAGGUGAUGAUGUGCCUAACAAGGUUGAUUGGGAUAAUGUCAGGCAGUUAUGUGUGUUUUUAGAGUGUUUUUACAAAAUGACAUUGAGAAUUUCUGGUUCUCUUUAUGUGACCUCUAAUAACCACUUGAAUGAAAUUUCUGACUUGUCAACUAUUUUGCAAGACUGGAUUCUGUCUCCUGAUUCCAGUUUAAGUUCAAUGGCCAUUAAAAUGAAAGCAAAAUUUGAUAAGUAUUGGGGGGAUCCUUUAGUAAUGAACAAGUUGAUCUUUUUUGCAAAUGUUUUAGACCCUCGAGAUAGAAUUGUAUACAUGGAGUACACUUUGACUCAAAUGUAUGGUUGUAGUGAGGGCAAGUUUUUGUUUACUUGUUUGAUGGAGGAUCUGGUUGAACUCUUCAAUGAUUAUGAGGAGGUUUACAAGAAAGAAUUAGCCACUACUAGGGGAAAUGGCCAAUCAGCAGAACUUGUUGGCCAAUCCUCCCAAGCUAAUUCUGUUCUGAAGGAAAGAUAUCUGCAGCAAAUGUUAGAGACUGGUGGUGUGAGUGGUAGCAAAAAACUGAUUUGGAUAUUUACCUAA